UGAAAUGGAUUCUAAUGCAGAGAGGGAACAGCUGCUCGUAAACAAUCCUUCAAAGCAACCGCCAGUCAAAUGUGAUAUAGUAAAUGAAUGUCAACUCUUUAUAAGGGCUGAAGAAGGAGGUGGUGAUGCUCACACUAACAUGAAUCAAAGUACUUCAGAUAGUGAUAGGCCUAACUUUUUUACUUCCUCUCCUUAUCCAACAAAAGAAACAUUAUCUGAAGGUGUUAUAACAGAUUCUAUUCCAAACAAUAAUAUCGAAGCAAACGAUAGACAAUCACUUGAGAAUGCUGAAGAUCAACAAUUAGGAGAUGAGUUGCCAAGUACCGUUACGAUUUUAGAUGCUCCAAAUGGAGGGAAAGUUUAUUUAGUUGGGACAGCCCAUUUCAGCUUAGAGUCCCAAGAAGAUGUUGCAAAAGUGAUACAGAAAGUAUGUCCACAUAUCGUAAUGGUAGAAUUGUGCGAACAAAGAACAAAUAUUUUAUUACUUGACGAAGAAGUUAUAUUAAGGGAGGCUAAGAAUAUUAAUAUAGCAAAAUUAAGAGCAACAAUGGCACAGAACGGCGUUUUUAAUGGAUUAAUGUAUAUGUUAUUGCUAAAUAUGUCAGCACACAUUACAAGGGAACUCGGAAUGGCACCAGGAGGAGAAUUUCGACGAGCUAUGGCUGAGGCCAAGAAGAUCCCAAAUUGCCUAGUUCAAUUAGGUGAUCGUAGUAUAAACAUCACUCUCCAAAGGGCUAUAUCGUCUCUCACGUGGGGACAGACUAUACGAUUUAUUUGGCACUUGCUAACCUCCAAUAAGAGUAUCAGCUUAGAAGAAGUAGAACGGUGUAAACAGAAAAAGAUGCUAGAAGACAUGUUAGAAGAAAUGGCAGAAGACUUUCCACCAUUGAAACGUGUGUUCGUUGUGGAAAGGGAUAUGUAUUUGUGUCACUCUCUACAAGUCGCCGCCUUACAACAACAUGGAGAACCAUGCAGGAUAGUUGGAGUGGUCGGUAUUGGUCACGUGGCCGGCAUUGUCGAACAUUGGGGAAAAAUUGGAACAAAUGAUAUCGCCCCAUUGAUGAUCCACAAACUAGAUUGUCCUAACGGCAACACUGUCUCCCGCAUGUCGCGCAGAGUGCCGCCGCCGUCGCUGUCGACGCGCGUGCUGCGCGUGUCGGCGCGCGUGGCGUGUGCGGGCGCGCUGCUGCUGCUGGCCGCGCGCCUGGCGCCGCGCCGCUGGCUGCCCUGA